UGCUGUGCUCAAUAGGUUUUUUCUUUAUUUUUUAUUUAAUUAUUUUUACUUAGGGCUUAAAAAAUAUCCACCAAAGAGGUUCUUCACCAGUUCAUCCCUGACCCCGAGUCUUCUUGAAAAGCAAACGGCUCCCACCCGCUUGUCAUUUGCUACAGUGUAGAGGCCAGGGGGUCUGCGGCAGGGCGAGCCCGGGCUGAGCUUUCGCACGGUGCGCAUCAGCCGGGCUGCCCAGCAGGGGAAGCCCGUCCCGGUGCGCGCCCGGCGCUGGCGGCUGCCGGAGGCGGUGGCUGGGACGCGGCGCGGCUGCCGCAGGGGAGCGGCGGCGGCGGGCGCGAGGGGCGGGGCGCACUCCGCAACUUCGGCCGCGGCGGCCCGGCGCUCCCGGCCCCGGCGCGCAUCGCUGCGGGGCUGCGGUGCGGCCAACCCGGCCAGGCUCGGCUCGCCACCCUGCUCCUCUCGCGUGCCCGUCGGGGACCGCUGGUGCCUCCCGCGGGGAGUCCUCGCCCACGCGUCAUCCGCAGAGGCUGGGGGACCCUGGGACGUGCGGGGUCGCGAGGCCGAGCCGGGCGCCCCCCAGUGGCCAGCCCCGGACCCCAUGGCUGGGCCGCGCGGAGCCGAGCGGGCAAGGUGAAUCCAGCCCCGGGGCCGGCUGCCGGAGCGCUUGGCGGGGUCGCCGGCUCCAUGGGCAGCGGCGCUCGGCACGAUGAUGGACGUUAACAGCAGCGGCCGCCCCGACCUCUACGGCCAUCUCCGUUCACUCAUCCUGCCGGAGGUGGGGCGCGGGCUGCAGGACCUGAGCCCCGACGGUGGCGCCCACCCUGUGGUGAGCUCCUGGAUGCCGCACCUGCUGAGUGGCUUCCUAGAGGUGACGGCUAGCCCGGCGCCCACCUGGGACGCGCCACCGGACAAUGUCUCAGGCUGCGGGGAGCAGAUCAACUAUGGCAGAGUGGAGAAAGUUGUGAUCGGCUCCAUCCUGACGCUCAUCACGCUGCUGACGAUCGCAGGCAACUGCCUGGUGGUGAUCUCGGUGUGCUUCGUCAAGAAGCUCCGCCAGCCCUCCAACUACCUGAUUGUGUCCCUGGCGCUGGCUGACCUCUCGGUGGCCGUGGCGGUCAUGCCUUUCGUUAGUGUCACCGACCUCAUCGGGGGCAAGUGGAUCUUCGGCCACUUCUUCUGCAACGUCUUCAUCGCCAUGGACGUCAUGUGCUGCACGGCCUCGAUCAUGACCCUGUGCGUGAUCAGCAUCGACAGGUACCUUGGGAUCACGAGACCCCUCACGUACCCGGUGAGGCAAAAUGGGAAAUGUAUGGCCAAAAUGAUUCUGUCGGUCUGGCUGCUCUCUGCCUCCAUCACCUUACCUCCUCUCUUCGGAUGGGCUCAGAAUGUGAACGAUGACAAAGUGUGCUUGAUCAGCCAGGAUUUUGGCUACACGAUCUACUCCACUGCGGUGGCGUUUUAUAUCCCCAUGUCGGUCAUGCUGUUCAUGUACUAUCAGAUUUACAAGGCCGCCAGGAAGAGUGCAGCCAAACACAAGUUCCCAGGCUUCCCACGCGUGCAGCCGGAGAGUGUCAUCUCCCUGAAUGGUGUGGUGAAGCUCCAGAAGGAGGUGGAAGAGUGUGCGAACCUUUCGAGACUGCUCAAACACGAAAGGAAAAACAUCUCCAUCUUCAAGCGGGAACAGAAAGCAGCCACUACCUUGGGGAUCAUCGUGGGAGCCUUCACUGUGUGCUGGCUGCCGUUUUUCCUCUUGUCCACAGCCCGCCCCUUUAUCUGUGGCACCUCCUGUAGCUGCAUUCCUCUGUGGGUGGAGAGGACAUGUCUGUGGCUGGGCUAUGCAAACUCUCUCAUUAAUCCUUUUAUAUAUGCCUUCUUCAACCGGGACCUGAGGACCACCUAUCGUAGCCUACUCCAGUGCCAGUACCGGAAUAUCAACCGGAAGCUCUCUGCUGCAGGCAUGCAUGAAGCCCUGAAACUUGCUGAGAGGCCCGAGAGAUCCGAGUUUGUGCUCAUGACCAGAGCCUCAGGAGUCCAGCAGGCACUCGAGAAUUUUCCUUGGGGUAACGGAAUGAAGGCAGGGAUUAAAGCUGUGAAUUCUGUUGCACUGGUAAUUUUAAUUCGCUACUAUCUAUUUUUAAGCCUUUCACUAUUUCCUAAGUGUUUCAAUAAAGGUACUAAAAAAUGUAACCGUGUGACACACGCAAGGAUUCUUUCUUUCUCUUUGUUUGAAUGAUUUUACUCAUGGACUUGAACUGCCACAAAUAGUUUUCAACUAUCAUGUCACGAGUACUUGUUCUUUGACAUCAUUUAUGAAUAGCACUAAAAGGCAGCUUUUUAAAAUACUUUGCUCUAAAAGAAUAUCGUGGGAUUGUUUUGAAGCAGCUCUUUCUUUCUGUCUCCUUACUUCUCCUUGGUGGCUGUAUUGUCUUUCUCUUUAAAGAACCUCUUAUAAUCCCUGUCAUUUGCAGUGGCUCUUAGCACUGAUGCCUCGAAGAAAAACCUUGGGUUUCUGCCAUGAAUUCUGUCAAUUUGCUGCUCCGGGCUUUAGGCUGCAGCUUUGGAAUUCAACCUGAUUGCAUGCUUCCUUUGUGGAAAGGGGUAAUUUAAAAGAAAUGAAGUGAACUACAUCCCGGGGGAAAUUGGGAAGAAAACAUCCAGGCAAUCCUGGGGGUCUGUGAUGGGUCUCUGCCUUAAUGACAGAAGCAAACAAAGAGCUUGCUAUUCCCUGGGCAUUUUUACAUCUCUCAUGGGGAUAUUUUCUUCAUCAUUAAUUGUCUGAAGUUCAAGUUCAGUGCUUCGUCUUUAUUACAUCAUCAACUAGUAAUAAUAACAUCUUUGCUUCCUGCUUUGCAGUUACCUAGAGUUUUAGCCUUAUGAUGAAGUAGGAAGGACAUUGUUCUAUGCAGUAUCUUAUUCAAUGCUGAGGAUCAAAGAAAAGGGCCUCAGAAAUGUUACAAACUUAUCCAAUGAACCCCAGCCCUGCCCUAUCCUCUUUUACUUCUUUCUUUGUUUUUCUUUUCCCCCUUAGUUGGUAAUAAGUAAGGGUAGCACAAUGUAAAGUCAAACAGUACAGAAAAGUACACAAUAAAAAAAUCACCCCUGGGGGCAUUCUUCAAAGGAUUGUUUACAUGGUAAAAUCAUGGAAGAAGUGCUAUCUAGGUAGUAGGCUUUGAAUAAGAAGAGCUGUGGGGGACAUAACAUAGGGGUUGCUCAGUGCUCAAGAAUAGUACAGUCCAGUGACAGUUGCUUCAUAUAUGGAUGGAGGUGGGCAAGGGAUCUGGAAAUGUCUUUAGUCAUGUUAGGAUGUUGGGUAGGAUGGUGUUAGUCCAGGCAGUGAGGUGUGUUUUUGACAGGAGUGAUAUUAGAUGUAGUGGUUACAACAGAAGAAGAAGACUGUACUAACGAAGGGCUCUGUGUAAUGAGGCUAAUGUUAAAGGCGAGGUCUGUCUGUGACUGGGGUGCGGGGUGUACUAGGAAGAUGUCAAUGACACUAGGAGGGAGGCUAAAGAUGUCUGAGCCCUCCGGAACCUGGCAUCAUCACCGUGGCUUGCAGGUGGGUGACAAGGAAAGAUGGACUCUGGAGGUGAUGCUGGACUGAGGCCAGGAGGAACUCAGUAGAGUUUAGGAACUAGCGGGAGCAAAAUGGAGUUAAAGGAUGCUGGGUGUGCUCUUUCCACUGGGUUAGAAGAACCAAAGGUACCAGGCUAGAAAUGUCUCUGGAGCAUCAUUAGUUGAGGACAUGUUUUAUUUCCAGUCUCCAUUCCAACAAGCCUGUGGGAGUAGGGCUUGGUUGAAAUACAGCAAUUGCUCUCACAAAGUAUUGUGUGAGGUUGAGGCUCAAAGUCAGAGAUUUUUGUCUAAUGGAGAAAUGGAGUCUACUGGCAGGGGAAUUCAGUCACUGCCACACCCCAUACGAAGGACUGGGCUGAGAGGACAGCUUCAGAUAAAGGGACUCAGAUAUAGGAACACCUUACACGGACGGGGCAGGGAGGCUAAACUGGAAACAGCCCUGGGCCAAUGACUGCCUAUCCCAUCUAAACAUAGAGCUCCUGUGGUAAGUCAGAGCCUGUGAAGGUGUUGCAUUGUGGGAGUAUUGUUCUGUGCUAGGAGAAUGGAUACUAACUCAGCUGUUGCUUACAGUUCUCUAUGGCCCAUAGAGAAGUGAGUCUUUUGUGAGUCUAGAAGACAGGCCUUGAGGGAAGCAGGAUUCUGGCUUCUGUGUAGGUCAAUCUCUAGACCAUAUCUUUCAAGGUUUGAAGUGGGUGAUGAUUCUCAGUGGAAGAAAUACAAUUUCGUGUGUGUGUGUGUGUGUGUGUGUGUGUGAGAGAGAGAGAGAGAGAGAGAGAGAGAGAGAGAGAGAGAGAGAGAGAGAGGUAGAGAGAGAGGGAGAGAGAGUGUGAGAGACAGAGACAGAGAGAGAGAGAGAGAGAGAGAGAGAGAGAGAGAGAGAGAGAGAGAGAGAGCUAUACAACAGAGGACUAGAACUUCUCUCCUGGUAGCCACUAAACCUUGUGAGACCCUGCUCAACCCCUGAUUAUCACUUGUUGAGUUCAUGAAUGUAAUAUUCAUGCCAUGUCCAAAGGAUAAUGUUUCAUAGUUCAUUUCCCCAUAUCUUGUUUCUUCUUCAGUGUUCCCUGGGUUUGGCAAGAGAGUGAUGAAGGUUUGUUACUGAGGGUUGAGUAUUCAGUGAUGAGUUACCCCCAAGACUUUGAAUGUGAUUGCUUAGCUAUUGUCUACCGAAAACCAAAACAUUUCUGACCCAGGCUGACAGUACCACUGCUCUGUGGGUGUAAACAUGAAUAUUUAAAAGGCAGUUUGAAAUCAUGUCUAUUUAGCCAGUCAGUAACCAUGACUAGAUCUGUGGCUGGCCAAGCCGUUGGUCUCUGAUCAGUUUAUAGUAUGUGACAUGAAUUCUCUCCUUAGAGCAAAUUCACCCACAACCAUCACGCAGCUAUUAGACCAAUUGGCACAUUGGUAGGUAGUUACUGUAGAGUGAAGGAUUCAUUACUACAUACGACUAUUGGUUUUUCUCUACUAGUAGAUGGCAGUAUGAAAACUAGCCGUCAGGGAGGAAGUUUUCAGGUUAGUUCCUGUCUGAUUUCAAACAAAGUAUGUGAUGUCUUCAGCACAGUCUUACCUGAUUUUGGAAAACAACCUCAGAAUUGAUGGUAGUCUGUAUUGUUUUGGUGCCUCUUAAGCCUCCCUGGCCAAACAUUUCCCAGGGAUGUGUCCUGUACCUGGUGCUGGGCUGGCUUUUCAUUGAAUAACUUACAUCUCCUGAGAACAGUUCUUCCCAUCCCUGAGGUACCUUUCUUCAACUCUUUUUUUAAAUUGUAUUUUAGUUAGCUUACAAAAUAGGUUUUCUGCUUUGAUUUUUAAAUAUAUCUUUAUAUUGGGUUUAGCUUCCUUUCCUCCCUUCCUCUCCCGCCUUGCUUAAAUAUUUCCAACCCCGACAUUGCUCCGUCUCUUCUCAUACUGGCAUUUUUCUUUUAACAGUCAUUAUUUUCAAGUAGAAAAAAGGUUAUACUGUUUUAUAAAGUUUAUAAGAUUUUCUGAAAGCAGUCAUUUUGGGGGUACAUCUGUAUUAGAAAAGAUUUCUAAAUGGCUUAUCUGGGGCUCCUUCUCAAACAUUUUCCAGGCUUGCUAACUUACAGAGCUUUUGACAUUUAUAAAAAGAGGCACAUUACAUUUUCUUCCCCAUCAGAGAUGCUCGUGAAACCUUGUAAGUCACCAAUGAUUGAAAUCACCGACUACCAUAAAAGAGAAAAGAAAAAAAAAAAAACCUCGCCAACUACAAAAUGAAAACCCACGCUGAUGGUCUGGCUAAUUUUCU